AUGGCAUCUUACACCAUCGCUCCACAUGAAGACCAUGACAUCACGUUGUCUUCAGGGGACAAAUUCCAUGUGGUUGUUUUUGGUGGAAUUGACGCUGAAUAUACUCGGCGAGGGGAAACGCCUCCUCCCGCUCUCUUCUGUCUGCACGGGGCCGGUAUGAGCUGUUCUAGUUAUUUCUCACUCUCCACCCAUUUGAUGCAUCCGCAACACGAUGAAACGGAUAGCGUCGGGAUGCAUCCUGAUGAAUCCACAGACGUUGUUCGUGUGGUUGCAUAUGAUAUGCGUUGCCAUGGAGAGUCAACGUUUACCGGAGGCGAGGCGAAUCUCACAUUGGAGUUACUUAUGGACGACUUUUCUGCCGUAUUACGAGCGGUUAAAGAGACUUUAUUCCCUGACACAGCCCGACUAUACGUUGUGGGCCAUUCACUUGGUGGCUCAGUCGCGGUAAAUGCCCUGAGUAAGGAGAAGGAGUUGAUGAACAUGGUAGCGGGUGUGGUGCUGCUUGAUGUGGUGGAAGGCACUGCCAAGUUGUCGCUGAAACACAUGGACAAGUUUCUUCAGAACCGUCCACAUAAAUUUGCGGGUGUGGAGGAGGCAGAACGUUGGUUCUUACAACGUGGCGGCAUGACAACACCUGCAGCAGCGGCAGUGACAGUACCUCCAUUGCUAAAGCGUGUUGGCGACCACUACGAAUGGAAGACCAACUUGGAGGCAAUGGCGCCUGUUUGGUCUGGGUGGUUUAACGGGCUUGAUGAUGCGUUUGUCGGGCUGCCGUGUCCGAAGAUUCUUUGCCUUGCCACUGCUGAGCGCCUUGAUACUGCCCUUACUGUUGCACAGAUGCAGGGGAAGUUUCAGUUUGAGAUUCUUGGUGGCGGCUGCGGGCACUACGUCAUGGACGACCAGCCGGCCGUUCUCGCCUUAAAGCUCCGCCGCUUUAUCAAACGGAUUGAAACGCUGUCGGAAAAACUUCAAAUAAGCCUGAAGAAGCAACCGUAG